AUGUCAGGUGGACCUAUCUACCCUCAGGCUAUGAUUGGUGUCGCUGAGUCGGUAUCCACGACAGCGUACUCUGCGCUUGAUCCUGAGGAAGGACUCCAGAAGAACUUGGUUGUCGGACUCCCUCCAGACAUUGGCCCUGACUACCUAACACGGUUCGCUGAGCGUGGGUGUGGGCGCCAAAUGGUGCACUCGUUCCUCAGCAGAGAAGAGUUCGCUCGCGUUCACCGUGAAGGCACUGUCAUUGAGAUGGCAAACGAAGAAAUCACCUACAGUCGCUUUAAUAACAACGCCACACAGAGAAAUGCCUGGGUAAUUACGCCGCUGCCUGGAUCGCCUAGCCUUAUCUCCUCCGAUUUACAAACACGAUGGAUCGUGCUGGUGGAACUACCUAAAGAACAUGAUAAGGUUUUUCCAGACGAGGGUGAGGACUGUUCCAUUGGUUUUAAGCACGAUUUCCUCUUUGCCGGAAGAUCUUUCAAUCCAGGGAUGUUGAAGGCUCAACGUAUUCCAAAUCCAUUCAAUCAACUCGACGAACCAAAUCAACUUUACGGCCACGCAGCAUUCAGUGUAACCAUGGAUUACAUGAAAGACACCAUCACAAAACAAAUAUACCAUCCGCUGGAAGCAAUAUCCAUACCUCGGUUAGGCUCAUCGCACAGGCUUAUGGAGUUGACGCCUGAAAAUGCUGUGAAAGUCAUCCUUCGCGUCACACCCCAGUUCAUCACACACGAGACCGAAUUGAAAGCACUGGCCUUUCUAAUGGAUCACAACCGAGACCUAAGCUUACUUGAAAAAAGGGCUUCACAAACCUUUGAGUAUAUCCUGGAUUUCAGAAAACCCCCCAGCUUUUGGGUUAACCUUUUUCAAGAACUCCCGCAUAUGGAGAGCCCUAGUGAUAAUCCGUUAACACCAAAUUCCUUAAGAUUAUUAUAUGAGCACCUCAAUUCGGAUCACAAGAAGGUCUACGAGCAAUUACACAAUAUUCCAGCUGGACUGGCUUUGAUUCUUGGGUGCCCCGGUGCGGGAAAGACUGCUUUGAAUGCCUUCAUUGCUGCAAUGGCCCUCUCUCAGCCGAUUGUGGAAACGGUUGACGGCAAAAGAAUUAAAAGACUGGCCAAGAUUCUGUACGUUCUUGAUGUGAACGACCCAUGCGAUGAUGCGGCAAACAGAGUCUAUAGAACAUGCAAAGAGGCGGAUUUGCCUGCAUUGGUCAUACGAGUCCGCGGAUGCGCUCGGGAGAUGAGUCGCAGCACCAAGCUGCAUCCGUCCCAAAAGGCAGGAAAUAAGGAGGUAAAGAGUACACCGGAUUUUACAUUCGGUUUUCUGAAGCAGGCUCGCCUGGCCCAACAGAACACUAUAGCACGACGAGACUUCACUAAAGCCCCUUCUUUAGAUGAAGCUGCUUGGGAGAUGUACGAAGCGAAUACGUGCCAAUACAAGGGACUUUCAACGCUCCUCAUGAAGCUAAAUGAAGGUGCCACCAAGACAAAACGGACCGUCAAAGAGCUCAAGGCCAGAGUUUCGAGGCUCUACUUUGAUGUCAUCAAGAAGGCAGACUUCAUUGCGACGACUCCCGUUGGUGUUUCUGGUCAGUUAAGUACGCACUUCAAGCCAGAUAUUGUCUUUGUGGACGAAGCUGCUCAUGCCCGCGAGCUCACUUCUCUUGUUCCUCUGGCAUUUUCUCCUGCUAGAGCUUACAUAUUUACUGGUGAUACACGUCAGACACGGCCUUUUGUGCAGGGAGCAAGCAUGACGAAAUUUGAGAUUAUGGAGAAGGGUCUUCGCAAGAACCCGUAUGCUAAACAGCUCAUGAUAAGUACGAUGGAGCGGGCAGACUUGGCUGGAGGUCUCAGCAGCAAACUGUUGAUUACUCACCGAAUGUAUGGCAACCUUCACUUGCUCGCAUCUGAGUUGUUUUAUGACGGGCUUUUAAAAUCCGGUAUAUCCAAUACCGACCGUUUUCCUAAAGUGGUCCAGCACAUUCAGACUUGGUUACAGCAAUUCGCUCAUGAUCAGAAUUUGGUAGUCCCUCGACUUCUGAUCAACCACUGUGCAGCUCAAGAGGAAACGGAGCGCAAAAGCUUCUACAAUCCGGUUCAUGAGACAUUCAUCACCCAGCGUUGCCUCGAAUUACUUUGCGAUCAGGAAUUCCGGCGUGUGGACAAACCAGAUGAACCGGGCCGGGUUUUGAUUAUAACGCCCUAUAAAGCGGCUCUCUUUCGAUAUAAACAGUUCACAGCCAGCCUCCCUCCUCACCUUCGGGGUAGACUAGAUAUUGAACAGAGACAUGCGGCGAUGGAAGCAAGAACUGUUGACUCGGCCCAGGGCCAUGAAGCGGAUUUUGUGUUUAUCGAUACGGUGCGAACGAAGACGGCGGGGUUUCUGGAUGACCCCAAGCGCCUCUGUGUGAUGUUUACGAGAGCAAGGAUCGGUGAGAUGAUAUUGAUGCACGAAGGUAUGACGAUGCGAAGAAUGCAUGGAGCAUUGGUCAAGGCAGAGUGGACAUCCAAGGUGUACGAGCAUUGCCGCGAUAACAGCCAACUAUGCCACAUGGCCUGA